AUGGGAGGAGUAACGUACCAGCGGCUGCUCUCGUCGGGGAGCCAGCGACCGUCCCACGGCGGCGGCGGCGUGCGGGCGCGGGCGCGAGCGUGGGUGCUGCUGCGGUGGGCGGCGGUGCGGCUGGGCUGCGUGGCGCGGCGGCGGUACUGGUGCGGCGGCGCCCGCGCGCGGAGGCUGGCGUGGGCGGGGCUCUGCGGGAGGGCCUCGGCCGCCGCACCGGAGAGGAGGGGAAGGAGGAGCUCGGCGGCGGCGGCGGCCGGGGCCGGGGUGGUGGUGGGGUACGACUCCGCGAGCUACGCGCGCAACUUCGACGACGGGGCGUGGAAGGCCGAGGAGGGCGUGUCCUGGGCCGGCCCCGGCGGUGCGUUCCCGCCCCGCGCCAGCGACGGCGACGCUGCCGCCGCCGCCGGUGAUUCACUUCCGAGCUCUACUUGCUAA